AUCCCACUCGUUAGUGACGGUUAGUCGUUACGAGACUGGAUUUGGGAUAAACGGUGUUUCAUUCCUUGCUUAAUUCAUAGUUUGCUAUCAAUAAAAUUUAAUAUCCGUGGGAGUGGGAGAUUAUAACAAACUGAAAACGAGCCCUUUUUGUUAUUCCCGUAUUUGCAAUCAAAGUUCCUGGUCUCUCAGUUGUUACACUCAUCCGUUUUCUGUGGUUUCAUUCACCAGUCGACGCUCUUGAGUCUUUCUGAAAGCGACGCUGUAUCUUGUUACCAGUUACCUGAAUCGAGUACCAUGGCUUUCACAUUUGCUGCGUUCUGCUUUCUUGUGGCGAUGAUUGUUACUGCCAUUUUGAUAUUUUUUGCGAUUUUCCACAUGAUCGCUUUCGAUGAGCUGAAGACUGAUUACAAGAAUCCAAUCGAUCAGUGCAACACGUUGAACCCAUUGGUUCUGCCAGAAUACUUUUUGCACCUGUUCAUCAACAUAUUAUUCUUGCUGAGUGGAUCCUGGUGGACUCUGCUGUAUAAUGUGCCUCUGUUGGCUUAUCACGUUCGGAGGUACAAAAAUCGACCCAUUAUGUCUCAUUAUGGACUCUAUGAUCCCACAUCGAUCAUGAAUGCGGACGAGUUGAGUCACUGUAUGAGGGAAGGUUGGAUCAAGCUGGCAUUCUACUUGAUUUCCUUCUUCGUUUACUUAUACAUGAUGAUUUAUGAGCUCGUUACGAGCACCUCGAACUGAAAGGUUUGUGAUCUCCGAGUGCACGGUUUGCAUUGCGCCUUUGAUGACCAUUUUCGCGCCGGUCGGUUGGAUGAAAACCAAAGAAAACGCUUAAGCUUUCACCGUUAUAAUUAUUUUGUUUAAUUUUGUUGAGUUUGAUGGAACAGUACUUAGUUGUCUGAUUCGAGUUUUUGUGUUGAUUUUAUUUGUUCACAAGUGUCGAAAAUCACUGCGCUGUAACCGCGACUAAGCCAUCAUAUGUCGUGAUUCGUGAACUGUCGAACAAUUCUGGCGUAGGGAUGGGAUCUUGGAUUUUCAUGAAUCAUCGGUGUUGUCUUUUGGUAAUUACAUGCUGUAGCUGUAGUACAUGUAAGUGCUGACAAUAAAUAAUCGACGUUUUGA